GACGGUGAGGCAUCCCGGAAAAGCAUGGAAACUUCCGUAUCCGGAAUCACGGCGGUGGAUGACAGCACCUGGGACGAAGACACCAUCGACCCCCUCGUCCUCCGUGGACUCUGGAAUCGCUCACGUCUCCCCAACGCCAAUCUCGCCCAAAUUUUCGCCCUAGUCCACACCGCGUCCCCCUUCGAGCACCAACACGCCAUCCUCCCCGGAUACCUCUCCCGUGAAGAAUUCCUGGUAGGGAUGUGGCUCAUCGACGGUAUGCUCGCCGGGAAGAAGUUACCGAAGGAGGUUGCGAAGGAGGUGUGGGAAAGUGUUGGGUGGUUGUCGGAGCUGAGGAUUAAGGAUAAGUGGUUGGAUGGGACGGGGAAGAGUAAGCACAAGAAGCAUCACAAGUUGUUGCGUUUGCAUCAUCACAAGAGACAUUGAAAUUGCAUAACAAUGGAAAGCAGUUGUGGGGAUAGGGAUAGAAAGGUU